AUGGCCAACCAAGUGAAGAGCUACUUCCUCGCUCCCGCCUGGGACUACUCCCCUGACUGCGCUCCAGGCAACACGAUUGCGCUGUGGAAUCUCGUCACCCACCCCAAAAAGAUUAUUCCUCCUCUAGACGUUGCGAUCAAAGCGCCUGAUGCUUCUGUGACCUUCAAGAACGACUUCCAAUGGUCGCACGAGACGAAGAGGGCGUGCAGGUUUGGCGUCUGGACCAAGUUCCUCGCCAUUCUCGGCGGUGCCGGCGCCGACGCCGGGGGGGAGGGAGAAAAGGCGAUUACGGACCGCUACAGCUUCAAGACCAUCGUGACCAAGGAGGCCUACCCGUGCGAGGCCGACCUGCAGAGGAUGGUCAGCCAGGGCGCGGCGCGGAAGUACCUCGAGAGGUUCAAAUUCAGGCGGCCGAUCUACGUCGUCGUCGGGAUCAAGGAGGCCAUCGGGGCGAGCAUGGAGAGGGUCAACGCCAGGAGCGUCGGGGCGGACCUGGCCGUGGGCGCGGACCUGGCCGCGGCCGGCGCGCCGGGAGUCUCCCUCGGCCCGGAGGUCAGCGCCAGCAGCAGCCGCAGCGACGUGUCUUCGUUUCGGGACAGCACCGACUUCGUCUUCGCGUACCGCGUCCGCAAGAUCCUGAUCGACCCCGAGCUCAACAUCGUUAAGCAGAGCGAUGCUAAGGGAUGCGUGCUCGGCGUCGAGGCGGACGAUCGCGGCAAGGUUGUCCAGGUCAAGGGGCUCGAAGAGGAGGACUUUAAGGCCGCGGCCACGGCCGGGGAGCGAGAGAUGGUGCACGAUGACGAUGGAGAGGUUUACGUCACGGUUCUUGCUUAG